AUGUCAGGUCCACGGGAGAAAGAGCUGCACCGCGCUCGGCUGGUUGCCAGCGUUGCAGCCACGGUCAUUUCUCUAGCAUGCGGUACCAACUACGUUUACUCGGCAUGGUCCCCUCAAUUUGCCGAACGAUUGAAGCUCUCCUCGACCGAAACGAAUCUCAUUGGCCUUUCCGCCAAUCUGGGAAUGUACUCUUUGGGCGUUCCUGUCGGCAUGCUCGUUGAUCACAAAGGACCUCGCUCCGCCGUCAUUAUUGGCUCCGUCCUGCUCGCCCUCGGAUACUUCCCAUUCCACAUCGCCUACGAUCGCGCGGCUGGCCCCGUGCCGCUUCUCUGCUUCUUUUCAUACCUGUCUGGCCUCGGCGGGUGUCUGGCUUUCGCCGCCUCUGUCAAGACAUCCGCUCUCAAUUGGCCUCAUCAUCGGGGGACUGCCACCGCUUUCCCCCUGGCUGCUUUUGGUCUGAGUGCCUUCUUCUUUUCGACGUUUGGGAGUCUAUUCUUCCCCGGGAACACCAGCGCCUUCCUGGCCUUACUGUCCAUUGGGACCUGCGGUUUAACCUUCUUCGGUUUCUUCUUCCUGCGCGUCUAUCCUCAUGCCACCUAUCACAGUCUGCCAGCAAGCGAUGGUCUUUCCGGCUCGCAACAGCUUCGACGCACUUCUUCGGAAGAGGCCAAGCCAAACCGACCCGGCUAUGGGCACCGCAGCGCUCCGGUUGAACCUGGUACGUCGCCCAAACUUGAUAAUACCACUACCACAAUCAACUCCACCGCCGACCACGAGCCGGUUCAUCCCGAGUACGAAUCGUCCGCGCCGUCUCGCGAGGCUGAUGAGGCGCAAAUCGAAGCCGUCGAAGCCGAUGAUUAUGAGCCCGACGAGACGUCCUCGCUGGUAUCGAGCUCCUCUUCCAUGCCCGGUGAUGUCUUUGUGCAGAGCAGUGUUGAUCUGGAUCGUUCUCAUCGAGUAGAUAUUCGUGGCUGGGCUCUUUUGCGUGAAAUCGAUUUUUGGCAAUUCUUCCUCAUCAUGGGCAUUCUUACUGGCAUCGGUUUGAUGACAAUCAACAACAUUGGAAACGACGUAAAGGCCCUUUGGCGUCAUUAUGACGAGUCGGUGGAUGAGGCCUACCUCAUCACGAAGCAGCAGAUGCACGUGUCCAUUCUAUCGAUUGGUAGCUUCGCAGGCAGACUUCUCAGCGGUGUCGGCUCCGACUUUAUCGUAAAGGUCCUUCACGGCAGUCGGGUGUGGUGCCUUGUGGCAUCCAGUGCUGUGUUCUUCGUGGCACAGCUCAUGGCCCUCCACGUCACUAACCCUCAUCUGCUUGGACUGGUUUCAGGCCUGUCUGGUAUCGCGUACGGUUUUCUCUUCGGGGUCUUCCCUUCCAUCGUGGCCGAAACCUUCGGCAUUCACGGCCUGAGCCAGAACUGGGGGCUUAUGACGCUCUCGCCCGUGGUGUCUGGUAACGUAUUCAACAUCUUCUACGGCAGGAUCUACGACAGGCACAGCGUCGUGGGCCCGGAUGGCGAGCGCGUCUGCCACGACGGGCUGGACUGCUAUCGUGCGGCGUAUUUGAUGACACUUGGCGCAUGCUCAAUCGGGCUGGUGCUCACCCUAUGGGUCAUCCGUCACCAGCGAGUGAAGUGGGCAAAAGAGGAGAAGAUGAAGGCGGAGCAGGAUGACUGA